CUAUUCACGAGCAGAAAGUUUAUUUUUUUUACUUUCUAAAACUCCACUUUGCACGUUCAUAAGUGGAAGCCAUCAGUGUUGAGAUAGGCAUCGCAGUUUAGUUAAUAAUUCAUGAAAAUUUUUGGUCUACAGACCAACUACUUACGAAUCGAAAGUUGAAUUUGACUUUUCUUUCAUAUGCACUUGGAUUGAUUUUGUUCAUUACGCAGCACUUCCAAGUAUGGGUACAAAAGGCCAAUGCGGAAAACAUUUUAUUCGAUUUUAUUUGAUUUUAUCGCUGUAUAGUGCGAAGAAGGCAUACCCGAAUUGGUGAAUUACCUUGAGAACAUUGAAGUGUCACGUCUAUAUUUGGUCAGAACGGCUACCUGUGUAGAGUGUAGAACCCAUACUUCUAGAAAUUGGUGUACGUGUGUAUUCCAAGGACGCAAAACUAUAGUACUAUUAUUUCCGUGUUGGUAGCCACCAUUAUAAAUAAGGCAGAAGAUUCGUUCACAUAACGUCAUUCACGUUGCAGUUCCCUUGGUAACUGCCUGCCUGAUAUUUUCUUGAUUAAAGUAAAAUGAAAUUGCCAAUAAGUCUCUUUAUUUUCCAAAACGCUGUUUUUCUUCUGUUUUUCAACGAUUCAUUUUGCGCACCAUCACAAACAAGCGGAAAACGGAUAAAACAUCAGAUUUCAGUUGAAACUGGUGUAGAGAAUCCUUAUACCAGGAAUGGCGAUUCGAUUCUCACGAAUGAAGAGAGUUUAUACGACAUGGAACAGCUUAUAAGAGACUUUGAGCUACGCGAUAAACAAAUCAAGGAUGUGGUGCAAGAAUUCAAAAAUCUGGGAGAUUAUUUUACAAAUUCCGUGGAUAGUACUAAACCAAAUCAAACCAUUUUAUUUGAAGUAAAAGCCGUGUGGCAACGUAUAGUUGACAGUAAUCUGAGUGAAUUUGCAGAUUACUUCACUAACCUCGAGUUGAGAAAGGAAAUGGCUCGAAUACUUUUCAUUGCCGGAGAACGCUUCUGCGAGUCUCCAGAUGAAACGUUUUUCAACGGACAAUGUCUUCCUAUUGACAGUAGUGAACACUGCCCAUCAGAAAAUAUGACGCUAGUCGACGGACCAGAUAAUAAUGGAUUUUGUGACUGCUUAGACAUAAAAGGAGAGAACGGUUUAAACAUUAUCUUUUCCGAUCAAACUGGCCGAUGCUAUUCACAAAAUACUCGGGGUCCUUGCAACGUUGGUGAAUGGUUCAUGCUGAAUGACAUUCCCCGGUGCGAAUCGAUUCCAAAUGAAUGUCCGGAUGAUGGUCGACACGUCUACGGAAAAAUUAGAGUCUAUCGAGAUUCGGAUCCUUCAGUUGAAGCAGGUUGCUGGGAAAUAGGAAGAACAUGUCCUAAUGAAGUGUCAGUAGUGCAGGUGCAGCAAGACGACUACGGAAACUUGGAUGUAUUUUGCUCAUUUUACGCUGAUUAUCCUGCUCCUGAGCCUUCUUUUGGCGCUCCUGUGUCCUUAUUUGUAUAUAGUCCAUGCCGUAAGGGUACGCGGCGUAGCAGAAACGGAGAUUGCCUCGUUGGGUUUUUUGGAUAAAAACUAAUUUGCAGUGUUCUAAACGGCUCAUGGAGCUUUAUCCUUAAACAUUUGUAGCCUCAUCCGUAAUUCACUGCCAUGCUUAUCAUGCAUGUGCAAUGCAAUGUAGACAUAGAGCUCAUUGAUAUCACCUAUCAUUUGGCAUGAUAUGUUGUUUUGUAUGUGGUUUCCUAGUUUUCAUAUAGCUCGAUAUAAAAUUAUAAUAUCGAGCGGAAACCUCGCCAAAGAUAUUCCAGCACAAUUGGGUAAUCAGAACGAAUUCAAAUAAAAAAAUUGUGACAAAUUAUUUUUCAA